GGGGAGGCAGAGAAGCUGUUACAUAAUAAUGAUGUGCUCAGUAGGGGAGGCUGUGCUCAGUGAGCUGGGUGUCUGAGCACAGGGGACCUAGAGAAGAGAAAAGAUGGGAGGCACUGGGAAUAGUAGUGUGUAGUGUGUCCCUGGGCCAAAAGGUCCCACGGUCUCUUGGAGAAGGCACACGGGAAGAAUCAGUGCACUUGGUGGAAGUUCAGUGAGGGAAGGGCUUCUCUUUCUCAAACUAAAUGGCAUAAGCGAUCGACACAUAAUUAACACGGAGGUUGGAGAGGACAGUGGGAGCGUCUUCAAAUAAUGUUGAGGAGAGAAUUAGAUUCCCUCACACUUUACAACACUUGAGUGCACUUGGCGAUGAUUUAGGAAAGAAAUUGUAAAUGGAGGUCAUGAGUAGAGAAUUUAGCAUGUAUAAUAGACGUUUCUUAUAAAGUUAUACUGCCCUGCAAUCAAGCGAUCCUGCCCUAGGGAAUUACCCAUGAAUACUUAGUGUAUGAAUGUUCAGUAUAAUUCAUGAAUUUAUUCUACAACCUGGGAAUAAACAGCCGGAAUUUAACAGAUGAGUCAGUAAACAAAACUGGCUUAAUCCCAGUGAGAUAAUCCCUUCUAAAUCAGAACUAACUUCUGAUCAUGUAGGAAUAAGGAUUUAUCUCCAAGGUAUUGUGAUGACAGAAAGAGUUAGACCAAACGAACCUAAUGUAGGUUUUAAUUUGGAUGAAAUCUGGUAUAGUCUAAAAUGGGCUUAGUUUAUGAGACUAGAAUUUAAAUCUGUAGUUUCCUGAUGUGGCAGUGGAGGAAUGGAGGGAACUUUCCGAAGGAAAAGUGACAGGAAAUUUAUGUAUAUUGAUGAGGGUGUGCUGUGGAGUGAAUGUUUGUGGCCCUGCAAAAUUCAGAGGUUGAAAUGCCAAGCCCCAGGUUGGUGGUAUCAGGAGGUGGAGCCUGUGCAAGGUGAUCGUGUCAUGAGGGUGGAGCCCUCAGGAAUGGGAUUAUUGUCUUGACAAAAGGUGCCAUAGAGAGAUCUCUUGCCUCUCCUGCAUGUGGGUUUUCAGCCAGAGGUACCAUCUCUGAAGCAAGAAGCGGCUCUCACUAGACAAUGAAUCUGCCAAGCUGGUGACUUGAUCUUGACCUUCCUGUUUCCACAACAGUGAGAAAGAAGCCAGCCAGUCUAUGUUGAAAAAUAUAUGGAAGUUUCCAGGAGGCCUGUCAGAGCCUGGAGAAGAUAUUGGAGACACAGCAGUUCGAGAAGUUUUUGAAGAGACUGGUAUAAAAUCAGAGUUCAAGUCCCUCCUGAGCAUUCGGCAACAGCACACCAAUCCUGGAGCUUUUGGGAAGUCAGAUAUGUAUAUCAUCUGUCGCUUAAAGCCAUAUUCAUUCACCAUAAAUUUUUGCCAGCAUGAAUGCUUAAGGUGUGAAUGGAUGGAUCUCCAUGACCUGAUCAAGACUGAAAAUACAACUCCCAUCACCAGCAGAGUCGCUAGGCUGCUGCUCUAUGGGUACAGAGAAGGGUUUGACAAGAUUGAUUUCACCACGGAAGAACUUCCAGUUUACACAGGCUUGUUCUAUAAACUCUAUCACAAGGAACUGACAGACAAUUACAGAACUAUGACAGGAAUGGAUUAAAUCCAUAUUUGCAUAUUUUAAAAAAUCUUAAGUACGUGCAGAAUAAUGUGUGCCAUAUUAUAAAAAGUAGUGGACAUUUGGGGUUAACUAAAUAUCUGAUUUUAAUUUUCUCAGAGUAUAAUUUACACGAAGAAAACUUACUUGAAGAAAAUGUGCAAAUUUUAAAAGCCUCUUUUCAAAUGAAGCAAAUGUAAGGAAGAGAGUGUAGCUCUAAGUAAGCUUUACUAGAUAAAGGCAAAUGCAAUAUAAAAGGUGGAAGUCUAUACAUUUUCCAGGCAUUUUUGUUACCUUUUCUUUAGUAAGGCAAUGAUUAAAUAUUUACUCUUAGAUAAAAGGUUAUCUGACCAUUUAUCCAAACCGAGCAGAUAACUGUACACAUUUUUUUCUUUCAUUAACAAAUUUUUAAAAUAUACGUCUUCUUUCAUGUGAAAUGAGAUCAGAUGCUGCCAUUUAGAUCAGCUCUUAGCAGACAUUGGAAGAAAAGGUAUAGCGUUCUGCCCAGGUCCUGUUUUUGGUCCAAGUUUAUACUGCCCAGUUCGUUCCAGCGCCACAUACCGACUGGAGCAUUUCCUUCACCGGUAAGUAUUGUAGGUCUUAGAUUGCAAUCGUUCAAAAAAGAAGCACUCGUCGGUAACACAUUGAGAAGCCAGUAACCUUCCAUCUUCCUUCGUAGCAGGAUAGCGAUUUGCACAUACUCCUCUGACGGACACAACGCCUCUCUCUUCUACUUGAAGUUGCAAUUUGACGUGAGGAUCGCUCUUCUCCCCGACCCCGUCCACCCGGCCCUCGGGGUGCAUCCGCAGGAAGAAGCCCCCGUUUUUGCAGUACAGCC